UCACGGCUAGAAGUUGAAGUUGGUUGAAGUUUGAAGUGUUCUCUUUGAUUCUCUUGCAUUCUCUUGCUGUCGCACGGACCAAGUCGUUAGUAUUGUUUCGUAUUGUUUUCACAGUGAAUUGUUCUUGGAUUAUCUUAGAUUAUCAGUCGUAUUGUUGAUGUUUUCGUGCGUGACUUCUUCGUUGCAUUCUCAACGAAAUUUUGUUCGUGUGAAUACAAUCGGAUAGUCAGGAUUUCUACGUUUUUGUAAGAAAAGUCAUCAAGAUGCCGGUGUUUCAUACGAAAACUAUAGAAAGCAUUCUCGAGCCUGUGGCACAGCAGGUCUCGAGGCUUGUUAUUCUACAUGAAGAAGCAGAAGAUGGAAAUGCAAUGCCUGAUUUGGGUAGGCCUGUGCAAGCAGUUAGUAUGGCGGUAGCAAAUCUUGUAAAGGUUGGAAAAGAAACAAUAAAUUCAUCUGAUGAUGCUUUGCUUAAACAAGAUAUGCCUGCUGCAUUACAACGUGUUGAAGGAGCAUCACGUUUGUUGGAAGAAGCCUCAGCUAUGUUAAAACAAGAUCCAUAUUCUGGACCAGCUAGGAAAAAACUUAUAGAAGGGUCACGUGGUAUUCUUCAAGGAACUAGUUCUUUAUUGCUCUGUUUUGAUGAAAGCGAAGUGCGCAAAAUUAUCAGGGAAUGUAAGAGGGUGCUAGAUUAUUUGGCGGUUACCGAAGUUAUCGAAACAAUGGAGGACUUAGUUCAUUUUCUUAAGAAUUUAAGUCCUUGUCUUAGUAAAGUAUCGAAAGAAGUAAGUGCCCGCGAAAAAGAGUUGACUCAUCAGGUGCACAGAGAAAUUCUUGUACGCUGUUUGGAUCAGGUGAAAACUCUUGCUCCAAUUCUUAUUUGCUCUAUGAAAAUCUUUAUUCACAUUAUAUCUCAAGGAGGUAAGGGAGCAGAAGAAGCAGCUGAAAAUAGAAACUAUCUGUCUGGUAGAAUGUCAGAUGAAUUAAAUGAAAUUAUUAGAGUAUUACAAUUGACGACAUACGAUGAAGAAGAGUGGGAUGCUGACCAGUUAACGGUCUUGAAAAAGGCUCAGAGUGCUAUAGAAUCUAGAAUACGAGCUGCUUAUGACUGGUUAGAUGACGGACUCGCUUUACGCGGCGGAGUAGGAGAAAAAAGUCUUCGUCAAAUAGUCGAACAAGCACAACGCUUGGCGGAUAGAUAUCUUCCUCCUUCGCAAGCGGACCCAUUGAAUAAAUUAACUUCACAAAUUGUUACUAUGACUAAUGCUCUCUGUGAACUGCGCCAGAAUGAAAGAGGAACUACGCCGCAAGCAGAAGCGUUAGCGCGUGGUAUUAAGGAGAAGAUGAACGAGCUUCGCAGUUCUAUUGCCUCUGCUAUAGUGGCUGCUGACAAAUCUGGAACCACACAAACUGCCCAUACGGUUGCAGGUCGCUUAGAACAAGCUAAUAAAUGGCUCCUCAAUCCUCAACAUGAUGACAAAGGACUUGGCCAGAGGGCUAUAGCUUUAAUUAUUCAUGAAGGAAAGAAGAAUCAACAACACGUAGCAAGCGUUGCUGAUGGUUUGCCAGGCAUACACAAAGCAGAGAUUCUGCAGCUCUGCGACGAAGUCGACAAUCUUUCCCAUCAGCUUGGAGAUUUAUGUGCUCAUGGCCAAGGGAAUACACCUCGAGCUCAAGAAAUCGCCCGUCAAUUAUCCCAUAAACUGUACGAGCUAAAGAAUAGAAUACAACAAGCCGUUGUAUCCAGAGUUGUUGAAGAUUUCAUUGACAUAACGACGCCUUUGAAGCAAUUUACGGAUGCUGUACUAACUCCAGAAGGCACCCCAGGACGCGAUCAGAACUUCAAUGAUAAAACACAUGCCCUUCAAACGUUCUCUAAUAGAGCAGCGAAGACGGCCAGAAUGGUGGCUGCUGGGGGUAGCGGAGGAAAUAAAAAAUUGGCAGAAGCAUUGACCGCGAGCGCUUCACAAGUCGAAUCUUUAACGCCACAAUUGAUAAACGCUGGUCGGAUUCGUAUGACGUAUCCAGAUAGCAAAGCAGCGGACGAACAUUUUGAAAAUUUGCGGCAACAGUAUGCGGAAACAAUGCAGAGGGCACGGGCGUUAUGCGACGAAGCAACCGAUAGUGGAGAUUUCAUUAGAACUUCUGAGGAACAAAUUCAGAAACAUUCGUUCCUCUGCGAAGAAGCUAUUGCUAAGAGUCAUCCACAAAAAAUGGUUGACAAUACGGCUGCCAUUGCCAGAUUGGCUAAUCGAGUAAUACUCGUAGCGAAACAAGAGAGCGAUAACAGCGAAGACCCUGCGUUUAUUCAGAGGGUGAACUACGCUACAGAUAUCCUUCAAAACAGUGUUGCUCCAAUGGUGCAGGAUGCAAAGCUGGUUGCGAUUAAUAUCAAUGACAGUAAUGCAGUUUCUCGUUGGAGGGAGAGCAACCGAGCACUCCUGGCUAAUGUUGGACAAGUUCGUAAGGCUAUCGUGAUUCAACCUGAUAUCAUACCGCCGCCAGGAGUAUCACAAUUACAUCUCAACGACGACGAACAAAUGCCAAGCCGUCAAUAUAAUUACUUCACAAGCAAAGUUGGUGAGCCUUUAAGAAAUCAACCAUCGCCAAGCAAUUUAUGUGUCAUCAGUCCUAGUCUGAACACAAAUAAAUCCCAGCGUCGCUCUGUCAGUCCAUUACCGAAGUGGGCACGUGAAGGAGAUAACCCUAAUCUCCUAUAUCAAGAACUGGCUUCUGACAACGAGUUAGAGAAAUCAGUUCACGAUGGAGGCUAUUAUUACGAUUAUGAUAAUGACGAUGAAGUCGCACCACCGCGUCCACCUCUACCUGGUGGUGAUAUUCCACCUCCGCGACCUCCACCUCCAGAAACAGACGACGAAGAUGAAAUGUUUAUGCACGCGCCACAACCCAAUCAACCCAUAAUGAUGGCCGCCCAUGGACUACAUCAAGAAGUACGACAAUGGUCGAGCAAAGAUAACGAGAUUAUUGCUGCUGCGAAAAAGAUGGCCAUUUUAAUGGGUAGAUUAUCAGGUUUAGUCAGAGGAGAAGGCGGCAACAAGAGAGAUCUGAUAGCUUGUGCUAAAGACAUCGCAGAAGCUUCCCAAGAAGUGACUCGCUUAGCAAAGGAACUCGCUAGAGAAUGUACUGACAAACGUAUCCGUACGAAUCUCCUUCAAGUUUGUGAACGUAUACCUACUAUAGGUACGCAGUUGAAAAUACUAUCAACGGUGAAAGCAACAAUGCUGGGUGCACAAGAGACGCUCCCCACCUGGGAAGAGUUGAUGCUUUAUGGCACAGAAGAAGAUCAAGAAGCAACAGACAUGCUUGUUGGAAAUGCUCAGAAUCUAAUGCAAAGUGUGAAAGAAACCGUUCGCGCGGCCGAAUGUGCGAGCAUAAAAAUACGCACUGCCUCUGGUAUGAAAUUACGUUGGGUGCGACGUCAGCCUUGGUACCAAUACUGAAUAGAGUGUGACGAUGAUGAAAAUCAAUGAGAACGGGUAGGUAAGACUUCCUAAUGUCAGAACAUAAUCGAUUCCACAUGAUAUAUUUAAAAAAAGUGUUCUAAUAAGGAACAACAUUCAGGUGUCUCAAGUUCAAGAAAUUUAACAUAUUUUUUUUUAUGAAAUAUACACUAUUGAGAAACGUAACUUGCAAUAUAACUCAACAUAUAACAAAAAAUAUUAAAUCUCUUCUACAUGCCUGAAUUUUGAUUCUCAUAAUAGCCUAAACGUAAAUAUAAUCGUACGAUAAUUUAUAUUUAUACACGUACUGACAAAUAAUAUAUUCAUUGCAAGAAAUUUAUAGUUUGUAACAUGAAAACGAGAGCUAGUGAUUAAUAUUAGAAAAAUACUUUACCUACACGAGUUAUGAAACAUAUUUCAAUUAUUGAAGUAUAGUCUAAAGGUAUUUUCAGACAAUGUAUUUACGAGCCUAUCUAUCUCAGUCUCGUUAAAGGGUAAAAAAUUAAGUAGAGAUGAUAGAGCUUAUGCCUUAUAGAAAUUACCAAUUUGCUAUAUAUUUAUACGUGUAUUCGCAGUAAGUGUACUUUCGCAUAUAAUCGAUUUAACAUCAGCACAAUUAAUAGAGCAAGACAUUUUUAUCUAUAUUUAUUAAAAAUCUAAUUGAACCAUGAUAUAGCACUAUGUAUUUUUGCAAAGUGAAAAUGUGCGAAUAUAAUUUUAAUAGGUGCUAUUUACCGUAAUAUACACGUAGAGAUCUUAACAUCCAAUAUAUACUAAGAAAAUCUAUUUUUAUAAGUUUUAUCUAAUCGUCCCUUUUAGAGAAUUUAUAUAGCUGUUUUUAUAACCAUAAUUUUUUCGAACUGGUGCUAUAUGCGUGCAAUAUACAUAGAUACGAAAUAUUGCAAGAUAACACGAGAGUGAGCAAUGUUAAACCAAAUACAUGUAAUCAAUUUGGUCAUGUACCGUUAAAAAUCGUAGAUUAAGUAUUAGUAUGAACAGUACUACAUAACACGAAAUUGGAAUGUUCAUAAUAUGUAAUAUUAACACUUACGAGCAUCCGGCGAAUGUUAUAAAUUCGUCGCACUCUGCGCAUCGAAGUCUCCCUCAGCCAAAGUGUUAAUUUUGGUAAUACAGUUUACACUAAUUUUGUGUAAAACUACUUAUAGUAAAGAUUCAUUUUUAUUAUAUAAUACAAAUUUAUAAAAUUUAUGAACUAUGAUUUUAUAUUAUAGCAUUAUGUACACGAUCUUAGUCUAAGAAUUAAUAAAAUUAAAUACAAUAUUGUCA